CUCCAGCAGCAUGAAGGCAGUUUUCACGCUUCCGGAGAAAACGCACGGUCCAGGGCCAGUGUUCUUUACAUGGCAAAAGUCGAGCGGCAAUUAUCUCGUGACGACUGGCUACGAUCAGACAGUAAACGUGUACGACCGUCACGGCGACCGAAAGGAUCAAAUCAGCCUGCCUGGUAUGUGCACGGGUCUGGGCUACGACAAAGACGGCGACACGCUGGGGAUCAUCACGGACCGAUCGGCGCGGCUUUUCCUGUGGGAUGCGAACACCCAGCAGCUGGCCCAGGUGGACACGGGCCUUAGGGAUGUGUUGACAUUACUUCUGUGGGCCAAGACGGGGCCUUUUCUGGCUAUUGGAACCUCAAAGGGAAACCUUCUUAUCUACCAUCAUCGAUCCUGUAGAAAGGUGCCCAUUUUGGGAAAACAUGCCAAAAGGAUCACCUAUGGUGCUUGGAGCCAGCAAAACAUGCUGGCCUUGGUUGGCGAGGACAAUAUGCUGACGGUCAGCAACCAAGAGGGAGACACACUAUGUCAAACAACACUGAAAUCGGAGGCUACGCUGGUGCAGUUCUCAUGCAUGAAAAAGGAUGAAAGAAGCACGGCUGAAAACACAGUCAGUCUGGUGUUAAACAAGAAGACUCUGCUCCUCCUUGAUAUAUAUGACCCUGAAAACCCGUAUGUUCUUGCAUUUCAGGAAAUGUACGGGAAGAUAAUCGAGUACAAAUGGUAUGGAGCAGGCUACGUUCUCCUAGGAUUUACAAAUGGUUACUUUGUAACUAUCUCAACAAGUCCUAAAGAUAUAGGCCAAGAGAUGAUGCAAGUUCGCUGUCACAAGCAAUCACUCUCACACAUUGCUAUAUGCCUGUCCCAGAACAAAGUGGCAUCAUGCAGUGACAAUAUCAUCAAAGUAUAUGACCUUUCUGAUUUGCAAGAUGUGCAGUCGGUAGUUACUGUGGAUGAUGUGCGGAAGAUUGAAUGGCUUGACUGGUCUGAUGAUGGCCAAUUCCUGGGAGCAGGAGGUGCAGGGGGCAGUUUGCAUGUCUUUCUCACAAAGCUGCCUGCCUUGGGCUACAGCCUUGGUCAUCGGUUUGCUUAUUUGACAUCUCUCACUGAGGUAACUGUAGACAGUGUCACAGAGCCUGAACUGCACAUGACACUUAGGGUGGAUAUUGAGCCAAGUUUCAUCGCUUUAGGCCCAUUUCACCUUGUUGUAGGCAUGAACAAUCACGCUUGGUUUUAUGCACUGGGUGACAAGUCAAUGGUUCCGCUUCAUGACAAAGAAUAUUUGGGAACUGUAAAAAGUAUGAAGCUAAAUGGAGACUAUGCUGCAGCUCUAUUUGAUGGUAAACUACAGCUGCAGCUCAUAGAAAUUGAAAACAGUGACCUGGAAGAACGAGAAAGCAAGCUAUUUCCAGACUCUACUCACGGCCAUGUGAAGAUAUUGUGCCACACAGUUACAGAUGACUUUUUGAUAUAUGGGACCGACACAGGCUUUAUAGAGUUUUUUUUCCUUGAGGACUGGACCAUCAUCAAUAGGUACAAACACUCCAGUGGAAUCCGACAGCUUCACCUCGACCCAUCAAAUACACGACUAGUGGCACUAGAUGACAGGUCACAAGGGUUUGUAUACAACCCUGUUAAUGACCAUGUGAUAGACAUUGCGAACAUACCUCCAGCUGCUAGGGGCGUUUUCUGGGACCAGCAUUUGGACAACAGGGGUUGCUUUGCAGUAUUUGACGACAGUAAUGUCUACGUCUAUAUGUAUGUUUCAGACACAGUGGUAGGCGCCAUUGUAGAGGCUGUUCGCAAAAUUAGCAUCCCUUCAGGGCAGCACCCAUUGCUGUUGCAUGAUGGCAGCUUGACUUGUCAGACACAGAGUGGGAAAACUGCACUGCUACUAGUCACAGGGACAGAAGACAAGGGAAAUAACAGCGCUGCUCACCAACGAGAAGUGCUUACAGAAUGCCUCAAAUUGCGCAGGUUUAACAAUGCCUGGCAAGUGUGUCAACGUAUGAAUUCAAAGAAAGAGUGGACUGAAUUUGGCAACAGUGCCCUAUUUAAUUUAGACCUUGACUUGGCAAUAAGAAUUUUCCGGCAAAUCGGCGAUGUUGGAAUGGUUUGGUCACUGCGGGAGCUAUGUGAAAUCGAAGACAAAAAUCUUCUGGCAGCCUAUUUAGCCUUGUUCAAAGGAGAUUUUGGAGUUGCACAAGAGCUCUUCCUGGCAUCCAGCCAGCCAACAGCUGCAUUGCAAAUGCGCCGUGACCUGCUGCAUUGGGAACAGGCACUGCAACUUGCAAAGCGCCUGGCCCAGCAACAGAUACCUUUUAUUUCAAGAGAGUACGCACAGCAGCUUGAGCUUGCCAAUGACAAUACCAACGCAUUAACCUACUAUGAGACUGGCAUAACAAACGAUCCAGAGUACAUAGACCACGAUAAAGCCUGCCGUGCAGGCUUAGCACGCACGUCACUCCGAUGUGGAGACAUUAGAAAAGGAGUCAAAGUUGCCAAAGAGCUCAACAGCAGAACGCUGUUGCGGGAGUGUGCAGAGAUUCUUGAAAGCAUGAAGCAAAACCAAGAGGCAGCUCCUCUUUACGAACAGGGAAACUACUAUGAUAAAGCAGCCAACCUUUACAUAAAACUUAAAAAUUGGAACAAGGUUGGUGAACUCCUCCAGCACAUAACAUCGCCCAAAAUAUAUGCACAAUAUGCUAAGGCUAAGGAAGCUGACGGACGUUAUGCAGAGGCAGCAAAAGCUUACGAGCAGGCACAUGACAUCGAAAGUGUCGUUCGUAUACAGUUGAACAACCUAAACAAUCUGGAGGAGGCGGUACGACUGGUUAAACAGACAAGGUCAAUGGAGGGUGCAAAACUUGUUGCCAAGUUCUUUCAGAAGUUGGGAGACAGUGUGUCUGCAAUACAAUUUCUUGUGCUUUCAAAGUGCACAGAUGAAGCUUUUCAGUUAGCGAAAAGCUGCAAGCUAAUGGAUGCCUACGCUGCCGCCAUUGGUGACAAUGGCUCUCCUGAUGACUUCAACAUUAUUGCUACCUAUUACGAGGAAGAGCGCAAUAACUUUGAUGCUGGUAAAUUCUAUCUGAAAGCUGGACAAUACAAGCAAGCCAUCAAGCUUCUUCUAAAAGCUACUACAAAAGAUGAUGAUGAGCCAAUCAAUUUAAUUGUCCAAGCUGCCGCAGCAGCUGCUGAUGACCAGACAACCAGACAGGUCAUUGAGUUUCUAAUGGGUGAAACGGAUGGAGUGCCCAAAGACUUCAAGCAUCUCUUCAGGCUGUACAUGGGGCUCUGUCAAUACAAGGAGGCAGGCAAAACCGCUGUUGUCAUUGCACGUGAAGAGCAGAAUGCUGGAAACUAUCGGAAUGCACAUGAUGUUCUACUGAGCAUGUACCAGGAAUUACGAAAGCAGCAGAUCAAAGUUCCGGCUGAAAUGCAUCACAACCUGAUGCUCCUCCACAGCUACAUCCUGGUGAAGGUCCACAUUCGUCAUGGCAACCAUAUGCAGGCUGCUCGGCUGCUGGAGCGUGUGGCAAACAGCAUCAGUCGUUUUCCAGCACACACAGUCCCAAUUCUGACCUCAGCUGUUGUAGAAUGUCAGCGUGCUGGUCUCAAGAACUCUGCAUUCACCUAUGCCAGCACCUUGAUGCGGCCUGAGUAUCGUAGUCAGAUUGACCCCAAGUAUCGGAAGAAGGUGGAAGCCAUAGUGCGCAAGCCCCACCGGGAACAGGAAGAAGCAGAUCACUCGCCAUGCCCCUUCUGCAACUUCAGCUUGGCUGAAAUGGAGUUGCUGUGCUCCCAGUGCACAGCCAACUUGCCAUUCUGCCUAGCGACAGGCAAGCACAUUGUGAAAGAUGACUUCACGCAGUGUCCGAGCUGCCAUUUCCCCGCCAUCCACACACAAUUCCGUGAACUGCUCGCAAUGGAGACCAACUGCCCUAUGUGCCUUCAGCCAGUGUCUGCAGACCAAUUACAGCCUGGAAAGUUUGAGCCAGAGGUAUAUGAAGAAACAGAGGAGUAGCAUCAAAGUCAAGCGGUUUACAAAGGCUUCAAGAGAUCUUGUCCACUUUAAAGGGCACAAAGAGGCAGAAUUGGUGCCUCGCCCUUCCUACUCUGACCACUGACAAUGGAACCACUAGUCAGACAAGACAAUCCCAUGUCCCUUUUGGCCUUCAUUCAGCAUGGGCAUUAAACUGGAGUUUGCAAAGAGCAAAUUAAGAAAAGAAGCUUAUGUUGAAAAUGUAAUUUGAUGACAUGGUGUUGUUCAUGUUGUAAAAAAAGAUUUAUUUUGGACUGCCAGAAAUCUUCAAGCAAUAAAAACUUUAAUGUUUGAA